AUGUCGAGCUUGGAGACCAACUCCUCCAACUUCAAUCGGGAGACGAAAUUGCCAUCAUUCCCCCCAUUAGUGGCGGGUAGUACUUUUGAGCCAACUGGGAAAGAUAUGAGUGAAAUUGAAGAGAAAGCUAAGGAUAUAAUAAAAUUCACCACCAAGAAGCUUUCAGUUGAUGAAGUUUCACAAUUGGUGGCUUCUCCACUCUGUGGUGCAAUAUCCCUAUUUGUAGGGACAACGAGAAAUAAUUUUGAAGGGAAAAAAGUCAUUAGCUUAGAAUAUGAAGCAUAUCUACCAAUGGCAGAAAAUGAAGUCAGGAAAAUUUGUAGCGACAUUCGGCAGAAGUGGCCAGUCCAACAUGUAGCGGUGUUCCAUAGACUUGGCUUGGUUCCAGUAUCAGAAGCCAGCAUAAUCAUUGCUGUGUCCUCGGCCCACAGGGCCGCAUCCCUGGAAGCUGUGAGCUUUGCCAUUGAUACUUUAAAAGCCAAGGUGCCUAUAUGGAAAAAGGAAAUGUAUGAAGAGUCGUCAUCAUCUUGGAAAAGAAACAAAGAAUGCUUUUGGGCGACGAAUGAUUAA